GGGUGAAAAAAUUAGGAAACAUUUAUAGAGGGUGUCAAGUCGACACAAAUACGACUUUCAUAUAUUUUGGAUUGAGGAGGUAUAAAUUCAUAUAACAACGCAUACAUAUUAUGCAGUUCGUCCAUUUUAAUUCCCCAGAGAACGUAUCAUGUCGUCCUCAGGCCCCACACUGACACCGAUCGAAGUUGUAAUAGUAGAUAUCGUCCUCACGAUCGUGGCAGCCAUUGACACAUCCCUUCGCUUGUGUAUUCGUACGCGGAAGCGUCGUCUGUGGAUCGACUAUAUGUGGGCGGCCCUCGCCAUGGUAUUCAACUUCAUGUUAUUAAUUUCCGGUUGCUUGUAUCUGCAAUACUACGAGAGGUACCCUCAAGACACAAGGAUAGCAUUAUACUAUAUGGUUGCCCAGUUCUUUUACGCAGUCAUAUGGUCAUCGAGGCUAUCCAUAUUGUUUACCGUUGUGCGACUCACAGUCCCGGGAACUUCUAUCAGGAAGGCUCUCAUAUCCACUGCCAUUACCUUCGGCGUUGUAUGGGCUCUACUUUCUUUACAAUUGUUGUGGGUUUGUGAAACCGAGUCCGGCUGGAAAAUACAACCACAUCCGCAAUGCGAUCUCGGCAGAAGUGUUGCAAUAGCGCAGAUAAUCACCGGCGUUCUAGGAGACACUGUCCUCAUCUUCGCUCCAUUCUCCCUCAUUUACGGAAUCAGAUUGUCGAGCCCGCAAAAAAUCCGGGUACUAGCCGUCUUCUCUGCAUCGAUGAUAACUACGAUUGUCAGUCUCGCCCAUGUAUAUUACAUCUUCUCUAAUGGAGGGACAAAGGAGGUCAUGGCUGGUGUAGUCGAGGCUUUCGUGUCUGUAAUUGUCGCUAAUUUGAGCGUCGUCGUCGCCUUCUUCUUCCGUUUGAGUGCAGAAGAUAAUUCGACUCCGGGGUCCAUCGUAACUGUCGGAUCACUGCCUAGGAAGCGCGUUCGUGACCCUCUCGCUACGACUAUUUCAGGUGCUGAAAGUGCCCUGAUCGUACUGGAGGACCUCUCUGAGUCGCAUCUCCGUUCCCUCAAGACAAGAGAUGACGACGAGCUUACUUUGAGCAUCAAGGAGGGAAGACAGACGACGCCGGACGAGUUGUGUUAGAGCACAACAACGUCAAUUCGUUCCAGAUCUUUGUCGAUCGUGUUAGAGCACGGGGAAUAUUAAUUUUAUUGAUUCGCUGUACAUGCUGACCUCAUAGAUGUCGAUAGAACAAACCUGUUCAUAAUUACAUACCGACCUAACCGCAUCUACAUCUACAAUAUUAAAGUAAUGCAGAAUCUUGUUGUAGUUCAGACAACCUCAAAGAAGCUGGGCAGACUCUAAUGAAUGCGCCAGCGAACACUCCGACUACAUUUAAUUGCUUACAGAAACAAAU